AUGCAUUCAGGAUUACCAAAUGGUGAACAUGCACUCAUUGUCCAUCAAGCCGGUGAUUUAUCCAAUUCCUGUGCUAAUGUUGGUCCCAUUAUGGCACCGGAUAAAAAAUUUAAUGUAUCCGCUAUAUUCGGGAAUAUUAAAGUGGAUGGUACUAAAAAUGCAACAAUUGAUCGAGAAAUUGAUUGGCCAAAAGAUAUCUCACUAAUUGGCCGUUCAUUGGUGAUCCAUAAAUUAUCAGUAAUGGAAUGGUCACUUCGUAACAAAGAUAUAUUACCAUUGGCUUGCGGUACAAUUGGUUUUGCAUCACCGUAA